UUUUAUUUUCCCUCACACUCUCUCUUUUACCCUAACGACGGCCCCUUCGAACCCGCACCCCGCCAUCGCCCAUUCCGCUCUUCUUUCUCUGUCUCUUUUUCUCUCAAUUAUCAGAAAACCCUUUCUUUUCCCCUCAUUCACUCCCGACAAUCGUUGUUGACAACUGUGACAAAUCAUGGAGAAGCCUGAAAACCAUUUCAAUAAUGACAAUAACAGGGAAAGAGAAGCAUCUCAUCUUGCUGCAUUGUUGAAAGAAAUGAAAGAAGGACUGGAUACUGUUAGGCUUAAAAUUCAAACUUUAACUGCCAAGGUGAAAAGUCAAAAUUCUACAGCCGAUGGGUUCAGCUAUCUUGAAGCUAAAAAUUUGCUGCUUUUGAAUUAUUGUCAAUCCCUUGUUUAUUAUUUGUUGCGAAAGGCUAAGGGAUAUUCGAUAGAAGACCAUCCUGUUGUUCGAAGUAUUGUAGAGAUAAGAUUAUUUUUAGAGAAGGUCCGUUUUAUCCUGUCACCACUGUAUAUUUACAUAAGACAAUAUGUAUCGACUAUUACACUUAAUAGAUGA